AUGGAAGAAUCUCAGAACGAGAUUCUUCAACUCCUGCGGGAGAAUCAACAACCGGCAUUAGCACAACAGGAGGAAGUCUUCCUCCCCCAGAAUCCACCACGGGUUGAGGAUGUCCAAUUUGGACAUCUUCAAGCAGAAGUUCAUCUCCCCCCACGUAGGAGAUUUCCUCAGUCUCGACAGGAUAGUGAAAUUGUCGAUACGGCAAGUUCUACACAUCCUCCACCUUCAAUUAGGCAACCUCGCAUCCUCCCAGAUCUCCCUGAAGACUCUGCUCAACCACAUGGAGCAGAGCUCCCUCACGACGCCCUGCGUCACGAACUGCGAAAAUUACUAAGGGAAGAAUUCCCCCAAGGAGAUGCGAGACAAACUCUCCGACAGCGAGACUUUCAGGAAUCUUCACCUCUAACUGAGGCCAUACUACAACAUCCAAUUCCGGCUAGAUUUAAGCUACCUAGCAUCGAGUCUUACGAUGAGACGUCCGACUCGUACGAGCAUAUCGACCAUUACAGAACUAUUAUGCACAUUCAGCGGGCUCCGAACGCUCUCCUAUGCCAAGUCUUUCCUGCCACUCUCAAAGGACAGGCUCGCACAUGGUUCUACUGCCUUUGCCCUGGACCCUUCUAUUCGGCACUUAUGCGCGACACCGUUCCAUCAUACGCCAAUUUAAUCCACCGGAUAGAAGCUCAAAUCUCGGCGAAUGAGGCCAUAAACGCCCAUAGAAAGCAAUUUGAAUAUCGUGGUCACUCUACCGAAGCUUGCAGACAACUGAAGGAGGAGAUUGUAAGGCUUAUCCGCCAAGGAUAUCUCCGCCAGUUUAUUCAGAAUCCUCCUCCCCGAGAGGAAACUCGUCCCGCUGGGGGGCAAGAACGACAGCAUAGGCCACCAGUAAACAACCGAAUAGCAAUUGGAGAAAUUGAGACAAUAGUUGGAGGCCCUCUGCUAUCUGAUAAAGUCUUUUUGGCUGUGGACAAAACUCCAACUCCAAAGAAGGCUCGUGUAGAUCACUCAAUCACCUUUGAUGAUUCUGACUUGGAGGGAGUAAAAACCCCUCACCAAGAUCCACUUGUUAUCAACGCAGGCAUAGGCGACCCGUGCUACAAUGUCAAGAGAAUCCUUGUGGACAACGGCAGCUCUGUGGAUGUCCUGUUCUACUCGACCUUUCUCAAUAUGGGUCUCACAAGAGAAAUGCUCCAGCCCGCUGCAGGCCCUCUGUAUGGGUUUGAUAAUCGAACUUUCAUUGUUGUAAAGUCUGAAUCGGCUUACAACGCUAUCUUUGGAAGGCCACUCCAAUUAAUUUUUUGGAUUGUCACCUCUAUCCCUCACCUCAAGCUGAAGUUCCACACUCCAACAGGAGUUAGUGUGGUAUGCGGAGAUCAGCAAACAGCACAAACCUGCUAUCUCAGGCAGGUCAAAACACACCCGGCCGAUACUCUAAACAUUGAAUAUUUUGAUCUCUGGAGCGAGGACAUACCUCAGAGAGCCUCUCCAGUAGAAGAACUCACCACUGAUAUUUUUGCAUGGAGUCCGGCGGAUAUUCCCGGGAUUGACCCUGAAGUAAUUGUACAUUCCCUUAAGGUCAAUCCGGCAAACAAACCAGUCAUCCAGAAGAAGCGAAAUUUCACGCCAGAUCGUCAGCAGGCAAUCGAACAAGAGGUGGACAAACUUCUGAAAGCCGGAUUCAUACAAGAAGUGCAUCAUCCCAAUUGGUUGGCAAACAUUGUCUUGGUUCGAAAAGGGAGCGGCGCAUGGAGAAUGUGCAUAGAUUAUACUGAUCUUAAUAAGGCCUGCCCAAAAGACAGCUUUCCCCUUCCAUGUAUCGACCAGUUAGUCGAUACCACUUCUGGUCAUCAAAUGUUGAGUUUCAUGGACGCAUACUCCAGCUACAAUCAAAUCAAGAUGAACCCGACCGAUGAAGAAGCACCAGCGUUUCAAACAGACAGAGGACUGUACUGUUAUCGGGUAAUGCCCUUCAGGCUCAAGAAUGCUGGAGCAACUUACCAUCGCCUCAUGAAUAAAGUCUUCAAAACUCUUAUUGGGCGUAACAUGGAGGUAUAUGUUGACGACAUGUUGGUAAAGAGUCUCGAAAAGUCUCAAUAUAUCUCCGACUUGGAACAGUGCUUCCGUCUGCUGAGGCGUUACAAUAUGCGACUUAUCCCUACCAAAUGCGCCUUCAGAGUUGCUUCUGGAAAAUUCAUGGGUUUUAUGGUAACCCACAGAGGAAUUGAAGCCAAUCCUGAAAAGAUCAAGGCAUUAAGAGAUAUGGUGCCCCCGAAGAACAUCAAAGAAGUCCAAAGGCUGAACGGGAGAAUUGCAGCAUUGUCACGUUUCCUGGCGCGUUCAGGAGACAAAUAUCUCCCUUUCUUCAAAAUACUCAGAGGUGCCCGCAACUCUGGUUUCAAAUGGACGGACGAAUGCCAAGAAGCCUUCGAACAGCUACGAAAGUAUUUGGCCUCCCCGCCGCUACUUUCUAAACCGACAUCCAGAGAAAAGUUGUAUUUAUACAUAACUGUUUCGACUCAAGCCAUCAGUUCGGUCUUGGUACGGGAAGAAAAUGCCACACAACGCCCCGUUUACUAUGUCAGUAAAAUCCUGUCUGAGACGGAAGGGCGUUAUUCCUUAGCAGAUAAAACAACAUUGGCGUUAGUUUAUUCUAUCAGGAAACUACGUCCUUACUUUCAAACCCACUCAAUAGGAGUUUACACAAAUCUGCCACUGAAAAGUAUUCUGCAAAAACCGGAAGCAUCGGGUAGGCUCGUCAAGUGGUCCGUAGAACUUGGCGAAUUCGACAUUCACUACUUGCCUAUAAAAUCUCAAGCACUCGCUGAUUUUGUGGUUGAAUGCACCGUACCAGCAUCAGAUGUUCAAACAGGUACUUUGCCUUCUCCUCCACGUUGGACGUUAUACGUCAAUGGAUCCUCGGGAGGUUCAGGUGUGAGAGCUGGAAUUCUGCUAAUAUCUCCGCAGGAGGUUACUCUUGAGUAUGGGCUUCGACUCAAGUUCCCGGCAACAAAUAACAUGGCGGAAUAUGAGGCUCUUAUUACUUGGCUAAAACUAGCAAUCGAUUGUGAAGUGCAGAAUCUGGUAGUCCACACCGAUUCACAAUUAGUUGCAUUCCAAGUAGAGGGAGAAUUCGAGAUCCACAAUCCGCAGCAGGCUCAAUAUUGCAAGAUUGCAAAACUGCUUUUAACCCGAAUAGGAGAAUAUCAGAUCAUACACAUUCUCCGAGAAAAAAAUGCGAGAGCAGAUGCUCUUUCAAAGCUUGCAACAUCAACAACAUGA